CGCAUCUCCAUCAUCAUCCGCUCUCCGUCUCGCUCAAACGCCCUGUGCUACAUCGCAGCAUCCAUCUCCCUCGCCUAUAUCGUUCUGCUACAUCUAUAAGCGCUUCUCAAAGCACCCGACUAGCACAAUGGCAGAGGCAAAGCCCGCGUCCCAGAAGAUCUGGCUGAUCUCCAAUGACAACGCCACCAUGGAAGUCGACCGUGUCGUGGUCGAACGCUCCAUGCUUUUGAAGAACAUGUUGGAGGAUUUGAGCCAUACCGACAUCACCCAGGACAACCCUAUUCCCAUCCCCAAUGUCAAUGAAGCAGUCCUGCGAAAGGUCGUUGAGUGGUGCGAGCACCACCGCAACGAUCCCGUCACGACUCCCGAUGACGAGUCGGAUGCCCGCAAGAAGACGACCGAUAUCGAGGAGUGGGACCAGAAGUUCAUGCAGGUGGAUCAAGAAAUGCUCUUUGAGAUUAUUCUUGCAUCCAAUUUCCUUGAUAUCAAGCCUCUUCUCGACGUCGGCUGCAAGACUGUAGCCAACAUGAUCAAGGGCAAGUCUCCCGAGGAGAUCCGCAAGACUUUCAACAUUACAAACGAUUUCUCCGCCGAAGAGGAAGAGCAGAUCCGUCGUGAGAACGAAUGGGCUGAGGACCGAUAAAUUUUGGUCGUUGUGGCUCUUUGUGCUUCUUGAAUCUUUAUUUUUGCUGGAGGAGAGCAACAAUACGAGCCUAACUGUUUCUGGGGCUGUUUCAUAGAGCAACCAACGGCGUUGGUGGGAUUGAAAUGAUAGGGCUAUUGGUUUCUUUUAUCCUCUCCUUUUAGGCUCUUUUCUUUUUUUUUUUUAACUGGUAUCUGUUUUUGGGGCAAUGUUUUCGGGGCACGACAGACUGGCAACAGUCGAUCCAUUUUCAUGAGCUGGGGACUUGUCCCAUGUGUUUACACAUGCGUUAGAUAUCAAUUUCUAACAUACAUCGGAAUGACUGUUUUAACAAACCUGCUCUAGAGUAUGGGAAAAGCUUAGUAUGAACGUGACAGCCUUUGGGAUUCUC